AUGCAUUACCAUGUUGUCAGAGCUGAACCUCUGGUGCAGGUGGAUGGGAAACCCAGCUGUUGUUUCUUCAAGUUCAGUCCAAAACUGAUGUUUACCAAGGUCCUGAAAGCCCAGCUGUGGGUUUAUCUGCAGCCACUACAGCAAACUUCCACUGUUUACCUGCAGAUCCUUCGCCUUAAACCUAUCACUGAGCAAGGAAGCAGACACAUCCGUAUCCGGUCACUCAAAAUAGAGCUCAGUUCGCAAGCGGGUCAUUGGCAGAGCAUUGAUUUCAAACAUGUGCUGCAGAACUGGUUCAAGCAGCCACACACAAACUGGGGCAUUGAUAUAAAUGCCUAUGAUGAGAGUGGCAAUGACCUGGCUGUGACGUCUCUGCGGCCUGGAGAGGAAGGACUGCAGCCAUUCCUGGAGGUCAAGGUUCUUGAAACAACCAAGCGCUCACGGAGAAAUCUGGGUCUUGACUGUGAUGAGCAUUCCACAGAAUCCCGCUGUUGUCGCUACCCGCUCACAGUGGACUUUGAAGCUUUUGGCUGGGAUUGGAUCAUUGCACCCAAACGUUACAAGGCAAACUACUGUUCAGGCCAGUGUGAGUACAUGUUCAUGCAGAAGUACCCACAUACUCAUCUGGUUCAGCAUGCCAAUCCUAGAGGCUCGGCUGGGCCAUGCUGCACACCCACAAAGAUGUCGCCGAUAAACAUGCUGUACUUCAAUGAUAAACAGCAGAUAAUCCAUGGCAAAAUCCCUGGAAUGGUGGUGGACCGAUGUGGCUGUUCAUAGAAUUAUGUGUUUUGGUUGAGCUAAGGGGAAGUGAUGGAAGGAGGGUGUUAGUGAUGCAAGUCUCUGCAAUUUCCUUAUAUUUUCUUUACAUUCCUUGGAAAGAAUACUACAUAAUGUACAUAGAUCAAAAACACAUAUAUUGUUUCUUUCAUAAAUCCUAGUAAAACACUUAGGUCCAGGAUCCUAAUAAAUCCUAAUUUC